AUGUUUGACUGAAGGUCCAGAUCUUGUCUUUCUUUCUCUCUCCCCUUUCCUUUGCUCUAAUUUGAUUUGAUUAUAUAAUAAUAAUAAUAAUAAUAAUAAUAAUAAUAAUAAUAAUAAUAAUAAUAAAUCAAAAUGUGUUUUGAUUCAUAGCUGGGGUUGACUGAGAAUCAAUAAAGAUUGAGAGAGAGGAUUUGGGUUGAAAUGGAUUGGGACAAGCAUCAAGCGGCGCAGCUGCCGGCUCAUCCGCAGGCGGCGGAGGAAUUGGGCGGAGGAAUGUUUGUGAAAGUGAUGACGGACGAGCAAAUGGAAGUCCUCCGCAAGCAAAUCGCCGUCUACGCCACCAUUUGCGAGCAGCUCGUUGAUUUGCACAAAUCAAUCACUUCCCAACACGAUCUUUCUGGGGCUAGGAUGGGGAAUUUCUAUUGUGACCCGUUAGUGACAUCGGGUUGCCACAAAAUCACUGGUAGACAGCGGUGGACCCCAACACCUGUGCAGCUUCAGAUUCUUGAGCAGAUAUUUGAUCAAGGCAAUGGAACUCCAAGCAAACAGAAGAUCAAAGAGAUAACAUCUGAACUGUCCCAACAUGGGCAAAUUUCUGAAACAAAUGUUUACAAUUGGUUUCAAAACAGACGUGCUCGAUCAAAAAGAAAACAACAGGUCACAGCAACAAACAACGGUGAAUCAGAAGUGGAAACCGAGGUCGAGUCACCCAAUGAUAAUAAGAAGACUAAACCGGAUGAUUUACCCUCCUCUCACAUUGCUAUUUCUAGGGCUGAAGAUGACUGCUACCAAACACUUGUUGUCAGCUCCGGGAUGCUUUCCAUUGAUUCAAGAUACACUAAAGCUGAACCUACAUUUCCCUCGCAGAGCGCUUCAAAGCCUUCUGGCAAUUUUGGCCACAUGUCCUAUGGUUUAUCAAAUCCUAGAAUGGAGCAGAUAAUGGGAAAGAUUGAAGUGCCAGGGGGCUAUAAUCCUUAUCUUAACCCAGAAGAUUAUAAUUUGAUGGGCUGAAGCUACAAAGAUACUCCGUAUUAUUACUUUACAAAGAGUUGAGCAAACCUCUGAUGAUGAUGAUGAUUGGGAAGUCACCUUGGCGUCUCAUGCAUUUUCCUAUGCUUCUGUCAUUUUAUUAUCAACUCAGCAGGGAUGAAAUUAAAGACUUUCAUGCAUGGAUAUGAACAUUUAUAAAUUACUUAUAAUUUC